AUGGGGAAGGCUCAAGUUCGGGUUUCCCUACCUGGCCUUUCGCACUGUCCCCGACGCCCCCGCUGCCACCUGCUCUGUCCUGGGCACACCUUCCGGGGCAUUUCGGCAGCGAUCGGCCACCCGGUGGGCCGCGGCGCGGAGCCCGGCUGGGGGUGCCCCGGGCUCCGGCAGCAGUCCAUUGAUGACUUGAACAAAUGGGCCCUGUUUCUUGUCUCUCCUUUUAUACUUGAAGCAGAACACAUAGCAUUUGUGACAGAGAGCAUUUGGGUGCAAGGUGAGAGUUUACAGAGACCGGCUUCCUCUUCAGAAACCAUUGUGAAGUGGUCCGACUGCUGUUUGCCAUUAGCUUGCAGACCUGGGGAUCCUUAUCAAUUAAUCGCUGAAGCAAGCGUGGAUGACUUCAGUAAGCUGGGGGUGGCGUUCAUGGAAGAUAGACUCCAGAUGGCUGAUGGAUUGGUACCUCAAAAGAUUGUUUCAGUGCACUUGCAGGACUGUACUCUGAAGGCACUUGAGGAUCAGGCCUCAGACAAGCAAGCCCAGACCCUACGACAGAAUCCUGAACCUUCUGCUGAGAGUAAGCCUGAGCCGGACGCUAUGGAGUGCAUUGGUAGAGAUGAUCCCAAGGUUCUUGGUCCACAACGCACACUGGGGACAGGGAGUGCCUCUGGCAGCAAGCCUGCCGGGGAGGGUGACAGAGGAGUAGGCUCUGUCGAGCACUGUCCCCUCCAUCUGUCUAGUUGCCAUGAGUGUCUGGAGCUGGAGAACAGUACCAUUGAAUCUGUCAAGUUUGCAUCUGCAGAGAACAUUCCAGAUCUUCCCUAUGAUCACAGUGGCAGUUCGGAGGAUGUUGCUGAUGAUAUCCGCUUGGAAGGAGAAUGGAGGAGAGUCAACGUCACGGGAAAGGCCCCCAACAUCCUCUUCUACGUGGGCUCUGCCCCCCAGAAAUCCCUGGGCAGGUUCCAGGAGGUCCGGUCCGUUCUGGCGGACUGUGUGGACACCGACCGCUAUACACUCUACCACCUGUCAAGGGAAAGUGCUCUCAGAGACCCGUGGUCAGACAACUGUCUGUUGUUGGUCGUUGCCACCCAGGAGACCAUUCCUGAAGACCUUUCCCAGAAGUUCAUGGCCUACCUUUCUCAGGGAGGGAAAGUGUUAGGCCUGUGUUCGUCCUUCACAUUUGCUGGCUUCCAGGUGACGAGCAAGAGUGUGCUCGAGGAAACAGUCCAGAGCUUGGUUUUCUCCAAGGCUGACCAGACCCAGGUGAAGCUCAGCGUCCUGAGCAGUGGCUAUGUUUAUGAGGAAAGCCCCGGGGAGCGCCGCAGCCUGGGCAAGCUGCAGGGUCACCUGGAGAAUGAGGACAAGGACAGGCUGAUAGUGCAGGUGCCUUUUGGAACUCGUGGAGGAGAAGCUGUUCUUUGCCAGGUGCACUUAGAACUACCUCCCAGUUCUUCAGUGGUGCAAGCCCAAGAAGAUUUUGAUCUGCUCAAAUCAAGCAAUAUUAGAAGAUAUGAAGUCCUUAGGGAGAUCCUGACAACGCUCGGCCUAAACUGUGACAUCAGACACGUUCCUGCCUUAACCCCUCUUUACUUACUGCCUGCGACGGAGGACAUCUGGGAUCCUCUUAUGCAGUGGCUGGGGAAGCAUGUGGAUCCUGAAGGAGUCAUAAAAUCCAGCAAGCUCUCCCUCAAGUUUCUUUCAUCGUACACGUCUGAAAUAGAAAUCAGUCCAUCUGCUCUACCUGUGGUGACUGACGUGGAGGCCUUCUCUUCAGAAAAUUUUAACUUAGACAUCUACCGACAGAAUCUGCAGACAAAGCGACUUGGAAAAGUAAUUCUGUUUGCCGAAGUGACGCCUACCACAAUGAACCUUCUGGACGGGUUGAUGUUUGAGAUCCCGCAGGAAAUGGGGUUAAUAGCCAUCGCAGUCCGCCAAACGCAGGGCAAAGGGCGGGGAGUGAACGCUUGGCUGAGCCCCAUGGGAUGCGCUGCGUCCACCCUGCUCAUCUCCAUCCCACUGAGAUCCCAGCUGGGACAGAGGAUCCCAUUCGUCCAGCAUUUGAUGUCCCUGGCCGUGGUGGAGGCGGUGAGGUCCAUCGCUGGGUACCAGGAUAUCAACCUACGAGUGAAGUGGCCCAAUGAUAUUUAUUACAGUGACCUCAUGAAGCUUGGUGGAGUUCUGGUUAACUCGACGCUUUUGGGAGAAACAUUUUAUAUACUCAUUGGCUGCGGAUUUAACGUGAGUAACAGUAACCCUACCAUCUGCAUCAAUGAUCUCAUCACAGAAUACAAUAAACAGCACAGGGCAGAGCUGAAGCCCUUAAGAACCGACAGUCUCAUUGCCAGAACUGUGACCAUGCUGGAGAAACUGAUCGACACAUUUCAGGACAAAGGGCCCAAUGGCGUUCUUCCCCUUUAUUAUAAGUACUGGGUACACAGGUCAGUGCUGGCCUGUCUUCAUUCUUUUAACGUGUCUUUAAGUGAGUAG